ACUCUGAAGGCACCACCUUCCAUGGUUAACAACGAGCAGCGCCAACAUGCAGAGCACACGUUCUUAUCAUUUAGGAAAUCAAAAUCACCAUUUGCCGUUUGCAAGCAUAUUUUGGAAACUAGUAAAGUGGACUAUGUCCUUUUUCAAGCUGCCACAGCCAUAAUGGAAGCAGUCGUGCGAGAGUGGAUUCUAUUGGAGAAAGGUAGCAUCGAGUCACUGCGAGCAUUCCUCUUAACCUAUGUCUUACAAAGACCCAACCUCCAAAAGUAUGUUCGGGAACAGAUUCUAUUAGCAGUAGCUGUCAUUGUAAAACGAGGAUCAUUAGAUAAAUCAAUUGAUUGCAAAAGCAUUUUUCAUGAAGUCAGCCAGUUGAUAAGUAGUGGCAACCCCACUGUGCAAACGCUGGCCUGUUCUAUUCUAACUGCACUAUUGAGUGAGUUCUCAAGUUCAAGCAAAACUAGCAACAUCGGACUGAGUAUGGAAUUCCACGGUAACUGCAAACGGAUUUUUCAGGAAGAAGACCUUCGCCAAAUCUUCCUGCUAACGGUCGAAGUUCUGCAGGAGUUUAGCCGGCGGGAACACCUCAGCGCUCAGAUGUCUUCAGUAUUUCAGCGAUACCUCGCACUUGCUAACCAAGUCUUGAGCUGGAACUUUCUUCCUCCAAAUUUGGGCAGACAUUAUAUAGCUAUGUUUGAAUCCUCGCAGAACGUGAUGUUAAAGCCGACCGAGUCCUGGCGGGAGACCCUUCUGGACAGCCGAGUGAUGGAGCUUUUCUUCACAGUACAUCGAAAAAUCCGAGAAGACUCAGACAUGGCCCAGGAUUCUCUGCAGUGCCUCGCCCAGUUAGCGUCCCUCCAUGGACCCAUCUUCCCGGACGAAGGCUCACAAGUUGACUACCUAGCUCACUUCAUUGAGGGAUUGCUGAACACCAUCAAUGGAAUUGAAAUAGAAGAUUCUGAAGCCGUUGGAAUUUCCAGCAUUAUCAGCAACCUGAUAACUGUGUUCCCACGAAAUGCUUUAACUGCCAUUCCAAAUGAACUGUUCUCCUCCUUCGUUAACUGCCUCACACACCUCACUUGCUCUUUCGGGCGAAGUGCUGCAUUGGAAGAAGUGCUCGACAAAGACGACAUGGUGUACAUGGAAGCGUAUGACAAACUGCUGGAGUCUUGGCUGACCUUGGUCCAAGAUGACAAGCACUUCCACAAAGGCUUCUUUACCCAGCAUGCAGUACAGGUCUUUAAUUCCUAUAUCCAGUGCCACCUUGCUGCUCCAGAUGGCACAAGGAAUUUGACUGCCAACGGUGUGGCCUCUCGUGAGGAAGAAGAAAUAAGUGAACUUCAAGAAGAUGAUCGCGACCAGUUUUCUGACCAACUAGCCAGUGUGGGAAUCUUAUUAGAAGAAAGAGUAACGAGGCUCCACGGUCAGUUACAACGACACCAGCAGCAAUUGCUCACUUCCCCUGGCUCAGGCACUGUGGACAACAGAAUGCUUGACGAGCUCUAUGAAGAUAUUCACUGGCUUAUUUUAGUUACAGGCUACCUCUUAGCUGAUGAUACUCAGGGAGAGACUCCGCUAAUACCUCCAGAAAUAAUGGAAUAUUCCAUUAAGCAUUCAUCUGAAGUUGACAUUAAUACAACACUUCAAAUGUUGGGAUCUCCAGGAGAAAAGGCUUCUUCCAUCCCAGGGUACAACAGAGCAGAUUCUGUGAUUAGAGCCACCACCAACAUGUUGCCUGUCCUUCAGCCACUGCAGCAGCGUUUCCUACGCGUGAUCAAUCAAGAGAACUUCCAGCAGAUGUGUCAGCAGGAGGAAGUCAAGCAAGAGAUCACUGCCACGCUGGAGGCGCUCUGUGGCAUUGCUGAAGCCACCCAGAUCGACAACGUGGGCAUCCUCUUUAACUUCCUCAUGGACUUCCUUACCAACUGCAUUGGGCUGAUGGAAGUGUACAAAAAUACCCCUGAGACUGUAAACCUCAUUAUAGAAGUUUUUGUCGAAGUCGCACAUAAACAGAUAUGCUAUCUCGGGGAGUCCAAAGCCAUGAACUUAUAUGAAGCCUGCCUUACCUUGUUGCAAGUGUACGCUAAGAAUCACUCAGGGCGGCAAAGAGUAGACGUGACAGCAGAGGAAGACCAAUACCAAGACUUGCUUCUCAUUAUGGAGCUCCUCACGAAUCUUCUGUCCAAGGAGUUCAUAGAUUUCAGUGACACAGAUGAGGUAUUUAGAGGACAUGAACCAGGGCAAGCAGCCAACAGAUCUGUAUCCGCAGCAGACGUUGUUCUGUAUGGAGUCAACCUGAUUCUGCCCUUGAUGUCUCAAGAUCUUCUGAAGUUUCCAACCCUGUGUAAUCAGUACUACAAAUUAAUUACAUUCAUCUGUGAGAUAUUUCCUGAAAAAAUUCCACAGCUUCCUGAAGAUCUCUUUAAAAGCCUCAUGUACUCCCUCGAACUAGGAAUGACAUCGAUGAGUUCGGAGGUUUGCCAGCUCUGCCUGGAGGCCUUGACGCCGUUAGCAGAACAGUGUGCGAAAGCACAAGAAACAGAUUCACCGCUUUUUCUGGCAACACGGCACUUUCUCAAGCUGGUGUUUGAUAUGCUGGUUUUGCAGAAGCACAGCACCGAGAUGACAACAGCUGCCGGGGAAGCGUUCUACACACUAGUGUGCUUACAUCAGGCCGAAUAUUCUGAAUUGGUGGAAACCUUGCUAUCAAGUCAGCAAGACCCCGUUAUUUACCAGCGGUUAGCAGACGCCUUCAACAAGCUGACCGCCAGCAGCACUCCUCCCACGCUGGAUCGGAAGCAGAAGAUGGCCUUCCUCAAGAGUUUAGAAGAAUUUAUGGCAAAUGUUGGUGGCCUCCUUUGUGUAAAAUAAACAACAAAACGUAACGCUUAAA